UUUCAAAUUUCCGUCGGCAUUUGUUAUGAGAAAAACCGGAAAAAAGAGGGACUAAAAGCGAUAACCCGAAUCACCAAAACAAGUGAAAACUCAGUACUCGUUCCCCAAAUAAAUUUCCUGGUCACCGGAGAGAGAAACCGCAGUGGGGAUAAUGGAGGUAGAGAUCGACGAAGAAGAGCUCAAAAUUGCAGGUGGAGAAAUCUUGAGCGAUGGGCGCCGAGGAUUACGUAUCCAUGGCUGGGAAAUCGAGUCUUUUAAGCGUUCCAUACUCACCUCUCUUGAACAUCGAGUUUGGGAAGAAAAGCUCCAGACAUCUCACUUGCCAGAAAUGAUAUUUGGAAACAACUCUUUAUCAUUAAAGCAUUUGUCUACUCAUACUAAGAUUCAUUUUAAUGCAUUUGAUGCUUUACUUGGCUGGAAGAAAGAAGCCCAGCUUCCUGUUGAAGUUCCUGCUGCAGCACAGUGGAAGUUCAGAAGCCAACCAUUUCAGCAAGUGAUAUUGGAUUAUGACUACACAUUUACAACACCGUAUUGUGGAAGUGAAGAGGUCGAGACAAACUGUAAAAAGAUUGCAAGCAAUAAUUCAGAUGGUGGUCCUAAUCUCUUCUGGGAGGACUGUGAGGAGAAGAUUGAUAUGGUUGCUCUGGCUUCAAAGGAACCUAUUCUGUUUUAUGACGAGGUGGUAUUAUAUGAAGAUGAAUUAUCUGACAAUGGAGUAUCUCUUUUAUCUGUCAAAGUGAGAGUUAUGCCUAGUGGUUGGUUUGUACUAUUCAGAUAUUGGCUCAGAGUUGAUGGUGUGCUUAUGAGACUACGGGACACUCGUCUGCAUUGUGUUUUUGGAGAACACUCAUUCCCUGUUAUUCUUCGGGAAAGCUGCUGGAGAGAGUCUACAUUCAGUGCCUUGGCUGCAAAAGGGUAUCCCGUUGAUGCUGCAGCAUAUAAUGAUCCAAGCAUCAUUAGCCAGAGGCUCCCUGUUAUUAUGCAUAAAACACAAAAGCUUAAAUUCUGUACCAAACUGUAAGACGUGUAAUAGUUAUUUAACAUUAGUUUGCUGAAUUUGAAAUCAUCAAAUUGUUUCCCAUUCCAAGCAAUCUGUAUUAUUUUGAAUGUAAUGUUCUUUCUAUAUAGAUUAUUAUCUUUAUUUUGCCACAA